UCUUCGUGGGAGUCAAUGAGAUGAACGAAGCGGAACAUUCCAGAACCCACACUGGUACCCUCGCCAGAACUCUCUCGUCUUCUUCCUUCCCCCUCCGCUUCACCUUCAUAUAUUCUUCUCAUCAAUCGACGAUCCGCCACUAGUCCCCCCCCCCAAACCCUCCUCCCUUCCACUUCUUUGCCUUCUGGGUGUGCUGACUGCGAGGCGUUGAUUCUUCUUCUCGAUCUGUCUCCAUGGCGGACGAAGCCAAAGCCAAAGGUAACGCCGCCUUCUCCGCCGGCGACUACGAGUCCGCCGUCCGUCAUUUCUCCGACGCCAUCGCCCUUGCUCCCACUAAUCAUGUCCUCUACUCCAACCGAUCCGCCGCCUACGCCUCCCUCUUCCGCUACUCCGAGGCCCUCGAUGAUGCCAAGAAGACCGUCGAGCUCAAGCCCGACUGGUCCAAGGGCUACAGCCGCCUCGGCGCCGCCCACCUCGGCCUCGGCCACGCCGAUGACGCUGUCUCCGCUUACAGGAAGGGGCUCGAGAUGGAUCCCAACAACGAGGCUCUGAAGUCCGGCCUCGCCGAUGCCCAGGCCGCAGCUUCCCGGAGCCGGGCCGCCCCGAAUCCCUUCGGGGACGUGUUCCAAGGGCCGGAGAUGUGGGCGAAGCUGACCGCCGAGCCGUCCACCAGAGUCUUCAUGCAGCAGCCGGACUUUGUGAAGAUGAUGCAGGAAAUUCAGAAGAAUCCCAGCAGCCUUAAUCUGUACUUGAAGGAUCAGAGGGUGAUGCAGGCGCUCGGAGUUUUGCUGAACGUGAAGUUCCACUCGCCUAAUCAGGAGGACAGGGACAUGCCUGAGGCUGAGCCGGCAGACCCGCCCUCACAGCCGGAGAAGAAGCCUGAGCCCCAGGCUCACCCUGAACCAGAGCCGGAUCCCAUGGAAAUAUCAGAAGAGGAGAAAGAAGCAAGGGAGAGGAAGGCUCAGGCUCUGAAGGAGAAAGAAGCGGGCAAUGCAGCUUACAAGAAGAAGGAUUUCGAGACUGCUAUUCAGCACUACACGAAAGCCAUUGAGCUCGAUGAUGAGGACAUCUCCUUCUUGACAAACAGAGCUGCUGUGUUCUUGGAGAUGGGAAACUAUGAGGAGUGUAUUAAGGAUUGUGACAAGGCUGUUGAACGGGGAAGAGAGCUGAGAUCGGACUUCAAGAUGAUUGCUAGAGCUUUAACCAGGAAGGGAAGUGCCCUGGUAAAAAUGGCAAAGUGCUCGAAGGAUUUUGAACCUGCUAUUGAAACAUUCCAGAAAGCUCUUACAGAACAUCGGAACCCAGACACCUUGAAGAAGCUUAAUGAUGCUGAGAAAGCGAAGAAAGAUCUGGAGCAGCAAGAGUAUUUUGACCCCAAAAUAGCUGAUGAGGAGCGUGAGAAAGGUAAUGAAUACUUCAAGCAGCAGAAGUAUCCUGAAGCUAUCAGGCAUUACACAGAAGCCUUGAGAAGGAAUCCGAAAGAUCCGAAGGCUUACAGUAACAGGGCAGCCUGCUACACAAAACUUGGUGCCAUGCCUGAGGGAUUGAAGGAUGCAGAGAAGUGUAUUGAGCUUGAUCCCACCUUUGCCAAGGGAUAUACGAGAAAAGGCGCUAUUCAGUUUUUCAUGAAGGAAUAUGACAAGGCUUUGGAGACAUACCAAGAAGGCCUGAAACAUGACCCCAACAACCCGGAAUUGCUAGAUGGUGUAAGAAGAUGUGUAGAACAGAUAAACAAGGCUAAUCGUGGGGAUCUCACCCCAGAAGAAUUGAAGGAGAGACAGGCAAAAGCAAUGCAGGACCCAGAGAUCCAAAACAUUCUCACCGACCCGGUCAUGAGACAGGUAUUGAUCGACUUCCAGGAGAACCCCAAGGCCGCUCAAGAUCACACGAAGAACCCGAUGGUGAUGAACAAGAUACAGAAGCUGGUCAGCGCGGGCAUCGUCCAGAUUAAAUAAAAACUGCAGCAGAGAAAAGCCUAACUUGCCUCCUGUUCAACUUGUAAUGCAGAUGGUGUGGAUUGAAUUUGGCCUGGAUUAGUGUCUUGGAAGAAAAAAAAAAGAACUGUAUUUGAAAUUUUGUCUUAGCAUUCGGUUCCUUUCUUCGAUUGUGUACACUGCGCCCUUUUAUAUCCCAGUUUCCUUGACAAGUGGUGAAUUCUGCUGUGCUGAGUUACUUUCGGAUAA